AUGGGCUUGGCGAUGGAUCCCCUGGAGCCUGGGCAGAGGAGCUUCGAGUAUCCUGGAGCCAAAGUACAUCCGGCUAACCUCAGGUCUGGUGAGCCAAAUCGUGUUUCAACUACACGUUUCACGGCCUUGACGUGGAUUCCGAAGUCACUGUUCCUGCAGUUCCAGCGGGCUGCGAACCUCUACUUCCUGUUCAUUGCAAUUAUCGUGUGCAUGCCCUUUUCCCCCAAGAGGUGGCAGAGCAAAGUGAUACCCUAUGUGCUGGUAUUGACUUGGACAGCAUUGAAAGAUUUGUUUGAAGACUCGCGCCGUCGGAGAGAUGACAGGACUGAAAACAGCAGAAAAUGCUGGAUCUAUGACAUGCAGGAAAGAAACUUCGUACAGAUGCCUUGGAGUGGGAUAAAACCCGGAGACUUCAUCUGUACGCUGUGCGACGAAGCUUUUCCUGCAGAUCUUCUCGUCGUCUGUGCUGCCGGACGGGAGGGUGCCUUCAUUUCGACCGUGAAUCUUGAUGGAGAGACAAACCUCAAGUUGCGAUCACCGCCUCCGGUUUUCCAGUCGCUUAUCGAUACAGAGUGCUCCGAGCACAGCCAGGAAGUUAUUCGACCGCCGCUUCCUGUGUCUGAUACUGUGUCGCGCCUUUUUGAAACUCCCCUCUACGUGCGAUUAGCCACACCAUCUGCUGACCUGUCCGAUAUGCAUGCAGCCAUUGAGUUUGGAAGAGAGCAGCGGUGUGCUGCAAACUGUACCAACUUCGUGCCACGUGGAUGCGUUCUACGCAACACCCCGUGGAUGCUGGCAAUCGUGGCUUAUGCAGGCAAGGAUACCAAAGCUCGUUUGAAUUCUGCUACGGUGGCUGGCAAGGUUUCCAGCCUACAGGGGGCUUUGAACUACUGUGUCUAUGGCCUGUUGGUCUCGCUUUUUAUCACGUGCAUCUACUUGGCAACUCUUGCCACUGUCGCGGAGACUGGCACGGGCUGGACUGUGCGCUUCCUGACAUAUACCAUCACGCUGUAUCACGUGGUCCCUAUUUCGCUAUACGUGUCUUUCGAAAUUCUGAAGCUGGUUCUGGGAGGCUUCAUCGAUUUCGACCGCCAAAUGGUGGAUGAAACCACAGGGCAGGGAGCCAAGGCAAGAACAGCCGAUUUGGUAGAGGAGAUGGGCCAGGUUGACUUCAUUUUCUCGGACAAAACCGGAACGUUGACAGCAAACGAAAUGCGUUUCGCAGAAUGCGCCGUUGGCCACUCGGUUUUCAGUUCUUUUCUGCAAGAUCCGCUUGGUGGCCCGGUGGGCGGAGUCCAGGAGGUGUGGGAAAUUUUGAGCCAGCCGGCUCAUCCGCAACAUGAGGCAGUUCUCUGGUUCUUUACCUGUCUCUCCGUUUGUCACACGGUGCAAGCAGAAGAAAAAGAUGGGAGCAUGCAGUACUCUGGGCCCUCGCCUGAUGAAGUCGCCUUGGUAAAGGGAGCCUGCAAAGCAGGGAUCGUGUUCAAGGCACGCAGGGUCGACAAAGAUCAGCAGCGUGCAGAGGUCAUCGUUUCUGGAGCACCUGGCAGACCAGAUCGCACAUUCUCCAUUCUGAGUGUUAUUGAGUUCACAGCAGAGCGCAAACGAAUGUCAGUCAUUUGUGAAGUCGAAGGGCAGAUUCACUGCAUUACCAAGGGUGCGGACAUUGUCAUGAGUCCAUUGCUCGUGACACCCCUGGCACAAACAGAGGAGCAACAGCUGCUUAGCUUCUCGCAGAAGGGCCUUCGAACUCUUGUGGUGGCCUCCGUGCAGGUCGAUGCUUUGGCUUUUGCCAGCUGGCAAAGGAAUUGGCUUGCUGCCAUGAUGUCGAUGGAUCGUAGGGUGGAGCUGAUGGACGAAUGUGCUGUAGCGAUCGAACGAAAUCUCGAGUUGAUUGGCAUCACGGCGGUGGAAGACAGGCUUCAAGACGGUGUCCCUGAGACUGUCGCCAAGGUAAAGAGUGCGGGCAUCCGUUUGUGGGUGCUUACAGGAGACAAAACGGAAACAGCUGUAGACAUCGCGUACUCCUGCAACUUGUUCACUGAUAAAGACACUCUGGCUUUUGUGACCGGUGCUUCGAGUAGUUCUGCUGCUUCCGAGAGCCUCCGUAACGCGCAGAAAGUGUUGGAAGGGACAGCAAGCGGUGGCAUAGUACUAGACGGCCAGUCCAUCAAAUUCAUCCUGGAAGACUCAGUUGCCGCGGAUCAGCUCUUCGAGCUGGGGCUCAGGAGCAGGUCGUGCGUCUGCUCAAGGCUGUCGCCGUCCCAGAAGCGGAAGCUAGUCGAAUUGGUGCGCCUUCGCAGCCCGAAGGCUGUUACUCUGGCAAUCGGAGACGGAGCCAACGAUGUGCCAAUGAUUCUGGGAGCUCAUGUUGGCAUUGGCAUUCGGGGCAAAGAGGGCUCACAGGCAGUGCAGGCGAGCGACGUUGCGAUCUCGCAGUUCAGACAUCUGCUUCCGCUCCUGCUUUGUCAUGGACGGCGGGCAUACAGGCGCAUUGCCACGUUUCUGUGUUACUACUUGUACAAGAAUGUUGCGCUGGCCUGGGGUGAUGUUAUAUGGGCGCACCAGGACAAUUUUAGUGGUGACGUUGCUUAUCCGGAGUGGCUAUCAACAUCCUUCAAUGCAAUCUUCACGUCAUGGCCUGUACUUAUCGUCCUGGCCUUUGACCAAGAUAUUCCUGAUGUUGUCGCAAAUGCAAAUCCUCAAAUCUAUCAGGAAGGUGUCAGGAGAGAUUGGUUCAAUCGAAAGCUCUUCGGUAUGUGGAUGGUGGCCGCUGCAUGGCACGGUUCUUUGGCCUGGGUUGUGCCAAAUCUGUCGUUUGGCAACACUACGUACGAGACCGUCGACUUCUGGAGAGCCUCGACAACAUCGUUCACUAUCGUGAUAAAUGUGAUAAGCCUGAAACUGUUCAUUCACUCGUUUAGCCGCUCCCGUGCCACGUCUUGGGCCCCUGUCGUUGGGAGCAUUCUGGUGUACAUCUUAGUGUUGUUUCUUCUAGGGUAUGUCAGUCUCGGUCGACGAAUGCAGCCAAAUCUGUCUGAUGGCGGAAAUCCGCCAGUACCGGGCUGGAUCUUCAGCAAUGCAGCACCCCUGGUCCAAAUUCUGCUCGUUCCAGUGAUCGCAGUGUUGCCUGACAUUGCAUGUCUGACAUGGGCUCGGCGGCUAAGCCCGUCACCUCUCUUCCGGGUGGACCGGAAGGUUGGAUCGGAUAAUGAGAUACUCAUGUAA